CCACCCCUCCACGCUCGGGCCAUGGACGAGCUCCGCCGCUCCUACAGCCGGCUGUGCCAGGAGAGCGGCGCCGAGCCCCAGGAGAGCGUCCUGGAGCGGCUGCAUGAGCUGCACUCGGGCCGGCUGGACCUGGCAACCCUGAGCCUGACGGUGGACUCGUGCCGGGCGCUGGGCAGGCUGCUGCCCACGGCGGCGGGGCUGGAGGAGCUGGUGCUGAGCGACUGCAUGCUGAGUGAGGAAGGGGCCACGCUGCUGCUCCAGGGCCUCUGGUCCAACUCCGUCCUGCGGCUUCUGGACCUUAAGGGCAACAACCUUCGGGGCCCGGGUGCUGAGGCUCUAGGCCGGCUCCUCCGGCAGAACAAGGCCAUUCAGAGCCUCGUCCUAGAGUGGAACAGUCUGGGUGCCUGGGGCGACGCCUUCGCGUCCUUCUGUGGUGCACUGGCCUCCAACACCACCUUGCAGCGACUGGACCUCCGCAACAACCAGAUCGGGCCGCCCGGCGCCGAGGCCCUGGCGCUGGCCCUGAGGAGGAAUGCCAGCCUGCAGCAGCUGGACCUUCGCUGGAACAACAUCGGGCUCCUGGGUGGCCGCGCCCUGGCGGACUGUCUCCCCAGCAACAGGACCCUGAGGAGGAUGGAGCUGGCGGGGAACAGCAUCCCUGGGGACGUGCUCCGAGCUGUGGAGCAAGCCAUGGGCCACAACCAGGAGCGGCUGAGCUCGCAGCAGGAGAGCAGGGCCCGCGCCCAGGUGCUCAGCAAGGAGGUGCUGCUCCUUCGGGAAGAGAAGUCCAAGCAGUUCCUGACCCUGAUGGAGACGAUCGAGAAGCAGCGAGAGGAGCUGAGCAAGAGUGGGAGGGUGUCAGCGGCCCGAGUAGGGCAGCUCCAGGAAGCCCUGGAGGAGCGACACUCAGUCAUCAAUACCCUUAAGGCUAAGGUGCAGAUGACGGAAGCCGCCCUGGUGCUGUCGGAGCAGAAGGCCCAGAAACUGGGGAGCCACCUGGCCACGGUCGAGCGGGAGCAGCGGAGCCUGGCGCAGAAACAGGCCAACGAGCACAGGCUGCAGCAGCAGGAAGCUGCGGAGCGCGAGUCCAAACUCCUCAAGGAUUUGUCCACUGCCAGCGAGCAGAACCUCCAGCUACGGAACCAGGUGGAGGCGCUGGAGCGCAAGACCAAGUGCCAGCAGGAGCAGCUGUUCCAGGUGCGGCAGGAGCUGACGGACAGGACGGCUGAGCUGAAGAUGCAGGCACUUCAGGCCGAGGAGCGCCUGGAGACGGAGAGGAAACGAUCCCGCCAGAGUCUGGAAGACUCGGCCCGUCUGCACUCCAAGGAGGUGCAGCACGUGGCACGUCAGCUGGAAGAGAACGAGCGGGCCUUGGAGGGGCGGGUGCAGAAGCUGGAGGCGGCACGGCUGGCCCUGGAGGAGGAGCUGAGCAAGGCCAGAACGGCGGCGCUGAAUGAACGCAGCCAGGCGGAGGAGGAGCUCGCCAAGGCCAAGAACCAGGCGCGGCUGGAGGAGCAGCAGCACCGGGCACACCUAGAGGAGAAGCUGCGGUUACUGGCCGCGGCGCGGGACGAGGCCCAGAGCUCCUGCGUGCAGCAGCAGCAGAAAGCCAGCCAGGCCCAGGCGCAGGCCAGCCAGCUCAACCUGCAGAUGGACGGGCUGCGGCGGCGGCUGGAGGAGUUGCAGCGGGAGCUGCGCGACAAGGACCAAGAGAGGGUGGCCGACGUGACGCGGGUACGGGUGGAGAUGGAGGAGCAGAUGGGCCACUUGCGGGCCGAGCUCACAGCCCAGGAGGCGCUGCGAGAGAAGGUGGCGGCCCUGGAGCGCCAGCUGAAAGCGACCACCAGCGACCACCGGGAGGCGCUGCGGGACCGGGAGAGCGAGAUCGCGGCCCUGCGGGAGCGGCUGCGGCUGCGGGAGGCGGAGAUGGCGCGGCUGCGGGAGGAGGAGGCGCACCGGGCCAGCUUCCUGCAGAGCGCCGUGCUGGCCUACGUCCAGGGCUCCCCGCUCCGCGCCCUGAGCCCGCAGAAGUGACGCCCGGACUCGCUGCUCGGACUCGGGGGCGCGCG